CAGCCCCCUGACUGUCUUCGCUCGCCUGGACACCCUUCCGGGACAAUAUCCUCACUAUCGCUCUGGGCACCUCGCCCCACUCUGGUCAGUUAACAUUCAGCAAAAUCCCUGGCCCAGAGUACCCCGGCUCCCGCUUCUGCGGCGCCCCCAGGACCGAAGUCACAGCAGCCAAUCUCCGCUCCUCCACGGAGGGGAGCCCUACCACCUACGGGGCUGGAUGUUUAGCACCUUAGCCGGUGCUCCACAAGUGCUUUAUCUCAGCCAUCCUCAAGAAUUAAGAAGCGCUUCAUGCCUCCUUCCCCCGCCGCCUCCAGCUUUCUUCCAAGAACAACAGAAAACCCUGGAUUUGCUCCCAAAUGACCUGAUUUGAAUUCCGGCCCUUAUAUGUGACUCUGAGACAGUCAAACACUUCUUAAGCCUCACUUUCCUCAUCUGUAAAAUGGGCCUAAUAAGAGCACCUACCUUUCUGGGUUGUUUGUGAGGCUGUAAUGAGACCAGCAUGGAGAAGCCAAGCCUUAGCAUGCUGCCUGCCACAUAGUCUUCUUCGUCAUGACAGAAGGUGAAUCCAUGAUAGAUCCCAUUGGGAGUGACCUUACCGGUCACCUGCCAGUGACCCCUUCAUCCGUGAAAGCAAUCAUCUCAAAGAUUGAAGCAGAUGAGCUGAAACGAGCCCAAGAGGACAUUUCUAUCCAGCUUUCUGACAUCUUGGGCAAUGUCAAUGGUGUCAUCAGCCGCUUCCAAGAAGAUUUAGAAUCAGAUCUGAAAGAAAGAAAAAACAUUCAAGGGGAACAAGAUAAGGGCAAGAUAAGAUUCAUCUUGCUGGAGAAAAUAGCCUCCUUCUCAAGGGCAGCUGAGACAAAGGAAAGGAACCUCUAUGAGAUCCUCAAUUGGAUGAGUGACUGGGGUGAUAGCUUGUCCUUUGAGACCAAAGCUGAGAAAAAUGAAAAGGAAGAUGACGAACAAGAUGAAUGGGUGGAAGUCAUGGAGAGGGUGCUGCCACUUUCUCUCAUUGCCACUGAAGGGGGCAUCGAGUCUCUGAUUUCCCUUUGUACUAAUUUGAUUGAAGAGAAAAAGAAAAGAGCCCUAGUGCCCAAAGGGAACUUUUGGAAAGCCUGGAGGGAGAAGGUUCUACAUAAAUCUUCCUCCCCACUUCAGCCUCUGAGCCCAGAGCAGAUGCUUAAAGAUAACACCACCACAAAUGAGAAUGUAGGUGAGGUCCAGGCCAUGCUUCAGGAGCUUUUGGACUCUACCAUGUUCAACAAGGGAGAAAUGAAAGCCAUCAGGUACAUAUCUACUGUGAUAGAAAACCUUAAUCAGGCCUUGAUACUUCAGUUGCAAGAAAACCACAAGCUGAAAUCUCAGUGCAAGGUCUUAGAAAUAGAGAUGUCAAAAGAGAUAAAAGAUCAAAAGUUUUACCAUCAGAAGGAGAUCCAAGUCCUCGGGGCCAUGAAGUGUGCUCUAGAGAGGCAGCUCCAAACAACAGAGCAGAAAUGGCAACAACUUCUGGAAGAUACAACUGUGGGAUACCACUUGCAGUUGGGUGGAGGUGACAGGAUCAGAAGAGACUUCACUGAGCACUUUUUUAGGACCCGAAAAUCUCACACCAUUAUGAAGAAAGUGAGGCUCCCCACAAUUGAAGAAGCAUUAGAAGCAGAAAUGGAGCCAAAGCUUGAGGAAAAGGAGAAAUCAUUCCUGACAGAGCAGGAGGAGGAGAAAAUAACCCAGCUCCUCCCAAAUUAUGUGGACACCAUGACAGAAGAAGUAGACAUAAAUAUGGGGGGUGACCACAUGCCAUUCUUGAAGGUAGAAGUGCAGUCACUUCCAGAAACGAGCUUGCACCUUGAGGACUCCAAGGACACAGACAUUAAUGCUUUAAAUACGUUAAUGCUCUUAAAACCUGCAGGCACAGAUUACAUAGAUUUUGAAAAAAGAGAAGUGAUAGUUCAAAGUGCACUCUGGAUGGAUAAAGAGGAAGAUUCAGACUUACCCAGAGAAACCCAGGAAGACUUACCCACUGAGGAAUCUCCUAAAGAAAAGAUGGCCCUAUCAAACCUGCCCCUGGUCCCUUUCCCAGAGAAGACAGGCCUCUCCCAAGAAGAGCAAGCUAAGGAAGAGAGGCUUUGGCAGGAAAAAAGGAAACAGUGGCAAGAGGAGGAGAAGUGGUGGCAAGGGCAGCAGAAGGUCUGGGAACAAUUGGAAAAGGAACAUAAAGAGAAACAGCAGCAGUGGAAACUGGAGGAGGAAUUGUAUAAGAAGAGGCAGGAGUUUAUGAGCUACAAAUUGCUGACCAGGCAGAGGAGGGACCUGGAUGAACUGCAGGCAGAGCAGAGAGAGGACACUUAUUUGCCCUCGUCACUAACUGCAAAGGAGGGACCUAAAGAAAUGACAAAUGUUGUGAACAAGGUCUACCAGAUCCAGCUUCCAGGGGGAAAGUUCCAAACACCCCUGAUCUAUGAAUCCCAACUACCUGCCCUCAAUCUCUCUGAGUACCAGUGGGCCCAUAAACAGAAAGCAGGGCCCCUUUACUGCAUUGGAAGAGCCUUUCCUUAUUCCAUCCCCCAUAAAUCUGGCAUUCCUGGAAGAUGGUUCUCUCUCCAGAAGGAGAAGAAGUACAGGGUGGAUGUGCAAGGCCAGAGAAAGAACUUGUUGCUUUUGAAUGAGGCUGCUGAGAAUUUGGGCCUUCCAGGUCAUCUGUGCUCUCUGGCCAAGAAGCUGAUCUUGGAAAUAUUCCACAUAAACCUCACCAGGCUUGCGUACAUGAUCCAGAAAUAUAGCACCUAUAGAAUGUUUCAGUCCAUCAGGCAGAAUGUAAUCGACCACAUACAAACCUGCCAAAAAACUGGGGAUUACUCCAAUGCCCAAAACUCUUACAUCUUUCUAGAAAAAAUAGACCAAUAUCAGAGCCGCAGACUGCAGAUCUGGACAGAAAAGCAGAAAGCUCUGGAACAGAACCGAGGGGACUGUCUGGAAGAAAUGACGUACUUAUUCUCCCAGCUCCGAGAGGAUUGGGCCUUGAAGCUGAACACUCCAGUUAUCAUAACUUGGCCAGAAAAACAGAAAAAACUGGAAAGACCAACAACAUCACCGAAAUACAUCCAUUUCAUCAGGGCUUGUGCCAGAGAACCCAGACCAUCCCUGAUAACUAGGCAUAGAGAGUGUCCUGAGGUCCUGAAGAUGGCUCAGCAAAAGGGGAGUGAGAUGGAAGCUAUCUGGAAGACUGAUUUAUGUAGCACCAGUUAUCCAGUAAAAAAGAAGACUCCAGCAGGUGUUAUCUGGCCCCCAAUGGGUGGGACUCCAGAUAUUCCUCGGAUGCUAGAGUUGGAUGUUCAUUCUACCUACCACAAAUGCCUGAAAUCCCUAAGAACAAGAUCACCAGGCACUUUCAAAAGAAAAUCCAUCUUUGACCCCGACCAUGGACUCAUUCAUGAGGAGUCAACUGAAUCAAUAUCAGAAAUCUGAACUAAGAAAAGAAUAUGGAUAGAGAUUUUGAACAGUGUUUGAGAGACGCCUCCUCCUCCUCCUCCUCCUCCUCCCUCUGCCCCAUCCCCUCGGAUCUCCAUGCCUCCUUGAACUCCAACUUGUAUGUACUUAGAAUAAAAUAGACUUUUGCUCUUU